AUGGACUAUGAAAUGGCAGCUCCACCCACAAUUCGUCAUCUGUCACCCCCUCGGUCCCCCCAUCCUCCCUCACCCCUUUCCAUUUCUUUCUGCCCCAAGCCUGCAGGUGAAGUCCCACCUAAGCCACAUCCAGACCACGUUGAUUCCCCCUCGCCUUUGACUUGGCACGACGCUGACUCAGCCUCACCCCUCCCCCGUGCGGCCCCUCUAUGUGGAAACCACGAAAACAGACUACGCUGCGGCUUGGAUGCUCUGCUAGCCGCAGCCGUCGCCCCGGCCCCUACACGCAUCUCUCGGCAGCACGGGGGUGCACGGCCUUGGCAGGUGUGCUGGACAGUUCUGGGCACACAGGUGGGGAAAGCGAGACACAGAACAGAUAGUUAUUUAAGCCUGGGGCUUGCUCGGUGGGCAUGCCACUGGGGACAGGAGCACAGGCCUCCAGAAGGCUGGGAGGUGGAAGCAAUUGCCCAAGGACGUAAGAAGACCGCUGCUGACCCUGGGACCAGACCCCAUCAGCUCACCAUCCUCUACGCCCCAUUUACAGAGCUACGCAGCACCGCUCCGCUCCAGGCAGCGUGUCCAAAAGCAUGCCUUGGGUUGGCUCACACUUCCCUGAAUACAGGCAACGUGACUUCUGCUCUACCCACUGAGGGUCUGCUAAUGGUGAAGAUCUUUCUGCUCCACCUCUUUCUCCAUGAAUGGAUCUGCAGGACAUCUUGUUCGGUGUUGGAUUUCCUUCUUUACUUAAAGAGCCUGAGGCCCAAGGUCAGAUAAAGGCCCUCUGCAGCUGACCAAUAUGCACUGAGGAUGUUUCUCUUAGCACAUGUUUCUUUUGUACAGCCAGUUCACAGUGAAUCGGAUCAUUUUGGAUAUGUGUAAACUGUCUUUAACGGUGCACUCCAGAAACAAAACCCCAUGCAGCGUGGUCCCAGGUGCUGGGCAGAGAGCGCAUUAGGCAGUGUGUGGGCUCCUGCAGAUAGGGCUUAGAAAGCUGCGAGUCUGACGGUCGGUGCUUGAGCUUGUCUCCAGACAUGCCUCGGCAGGCUGGCCCCGGGCUGGCUGCAAGGCAGCCAUCUGCAAGAAGAGGGAAAAAUUCCAAAACACGUGUAGGUAGCUACCCCUGUGGCCUCCUACCAAAGGCUGUGUAAGCUAGCCUGCUCAUGGGAAUGUGCUCGUCUUAACCCUUCAUGUCAGAACAUAAAAUUCUCGAAGCAUUAGGGUUGUGUCUCAAGAGAACCAGGACUGAACCAUGUCCUUCUUUGCUGCCACUGGAAGGAAUACGCUUUCCUCACUCAUAAUUUGUUUCAAUCUGAGUUUGGCCACUCUCAUAAAAAAAAUUAUACAGGAUAGAGGGUCCAGGCGUCUCUUUUUAUUAUCAUCUAGUUUAUUGACAAUAUCCUUCCCGUCUAUAUCCUGUGUGAAUUCCCCCGCCAGGAAGAUAUUUCUGUCUCAGGCCGUAUACAUUGAACCCAUGUUCUUCAUUGUACCACAUCAGCAUUGUAGAAAGUAAAUAUAUUAUGAUUUAAUCAGUUUAGGAUUAUGUCUGAGGCUUUGGAUGUUCCUUUCCUGCUGUGUGCAGCUCAGCUCAGUGAACGGCAGUGAGGAUGCUUUAUGCUGUAUCUGCUCUUGCUUUGCACGUGCAUCGUUUCAGCACUAGUGGAAGCUGCACUGUUGUCCAGGUCUCUGCUACAUCCUUUGAGGUUUCGUAUUUGCAACACUUCCCUCACCCAUGUAUGGCUGUCUUAAAUUAUAUCGCAGCCUUUGAAAAAGAAAUCCCUCUACUAAUCCUUUUGAGAACAUUAUGUUUGCCCUCUGAUACACGCAUUGGUCUGUCAGCUUGGAAAACGCCAGCCUUCUAAUGACUGAAGGAUUAUGAAUCUAUUGCUGAGCGUUUGCAGAAGUGCUCUUGUGGUUAUACAAGUGUCUCUUCAUUCACCCGCGGGCUUGGUGCCAGAAGGGCUCAGCCUGGCAGUGUGGGUCUCUUGCCUCCAGCGCUGAACAAGUGAGCAUCUCACAGCGGUCAGAAGCCCAGCUCCAUCACCCGCUGGCCACUCCCAGCCUCCUCCUUCACAUGCACUGGGAGUUUCCUUCUUUGAAGCGAAGCGCUCUUAGACGGUUCAGCCCAACACAUUGGACUGUUCCAUUUUAAGUUUGUACAAUUUUGAUUUUAAUAUAAUUUAUCAGAUGAAUUUCUGUCUAUCGAAGUUGUUAAAAG